UGCAACCUUGAAAUGGCAAUGAACAUUAUGUUGAUUAGUAAGCCGAUCAAGAUGAUAACAAUCGGCCAACCUUUCCAAUGCCCCACGCUAUAUCGACCCGAGCAAUCUUCGAUCCUUUGACCCGUGGACAUGGUUACGAAAAUCAUUGACGCCCAAUUGAAUCUGGAUCUUAUAUCCCCGAAUUCAACGGGCGUCGACUUGCCAAGGAAACAGUCCGCCUUUUGAGAUGAUGGCUGAAUAGACGUACGUGUGAAUGCUAUAUAAAUAAUACAACUUCUGUACUUUUGUAGAUCUUCUUCUCCAAACCAUCUGAUCGAGUGCUGGCACUCUCUGUUUGAUUCUCAAGAUGUUCAAGUUACGUAUUUUAUCUUUGUUCUUCUUAUUUGCAUUUGCAGGUUCAAAAGCAUUUAAACCACAAACAAACUUUGAGACUUAUGAUGAAGAACCUAAGCUCAGAAAUCAUAAUCAUGGUGAUCAUGUGGCUAUUUUACUUAAAGAUGAUGGAGAAGUAGAUGUGAAAAUUCCAGAUCACAAAGAUGUUUAUAUCAAUGAAGAAGAUGAAAGCGAUCGUGCUCCUUUACUCAUGAAACGCGGAAAGGGUGGACGUAAAUGGAAAGGUUACAAGUAUGGACGUGGUCCUAAAUGGGGACGCGGUCGUUAUUAUGGCGGCUACAAUAAUUACAACGGCCCCAAUGGUCCUGGAGGAUGGAAUAAUGGUUAUGAUAAUUGGAAUUAAUGUUAAACAUGACUUUAAUCGCCUCAGGGGCACUCUUUGUAUGACAUUCACUACUUUUGCA